GCCCAAAACCAAAGCCGGAUAUGUUGAAUGUGCACAUUGUGCCCCAUACUCACGACGAUGUCGGUUGGUUGAAAACGUUUGAUCAAUACUAUUACGGCACAAAAUCGUUUCAUCAAAAAGCAAAUGUACAGAAUAUUCUUGAUUCGGUGAUUGAAGCGCUGUUGAGUGAUCCAAACAAGCGAUUUAUUUAUGUGGAAUCGGCAUACUUCUUCAAAUGGUGGAAUGAUCAAACGCCAACACUGAAAGAGCAGGUCAAACAAUUGGUAAACGAAGGACGAUUGGAAUUCAUUGGAGGCGCUUGGAGCAUGAACGAUGAAGCUACAACGCAUUAUCAUAGUACUGUCGACCAAUUUACAUGGGGCUUACGGAGACUGAACGAUACCUUCGGUGAAUGUGGACGUCCAAAAAUUGGAUGGCAAAUCGAUCCAUUUGGCCAUUCAAGAGAAUUUGCAUCACUUCUUGCGCAAAUGGGAUACGAUGGAUUAUUCUUAGGUCGUAUCGAUUAUCAAGACAAAUCCAAGCGACUUGCACUUAAAAAUGCCGAAAUGAUUUGGCAAUCAAGCGCCAAUUUGAAGCAAAAUGACAUAUUUACUGGUGUUUUGUACAAUAUGUAUCAAGCGCCACCAGGAUUCUGUUUCGAUGCCCUAUGCCCUGAUGAUCCAAUCAUCGAUGACAAAAACAGCCCCGAAUACAAUCUGGACCAAAAGAUGAAGUUGUUCUACGAUUUCAUUGAGAAACAAGCUAAAACGACACGUACGAAUAACAUUAUUCUCACGAUGGGAGAUGACUUUGCAUUUAUGGAUGCGGCUUUCGCUUUUUCCAACUUGGAUCGAUUGAUAAAAAACACAAAUAAACGUCAAGCCAAUGGCCAAAAAAUCAAUGCAUUCUAUUCAACUCCGUCGUGCUAUUUGAAAGCAUUGCACGAACAUAAUACUACAUGGCCAACGAAGAGCGAUGAUUUCUUCCCAUACGCUUCCGAUGAACAUUCAUACUGGACGGGCUACUUCACAUCACGGCCAACAUUGAAACGCUUUGAACGAUUCGGAAAUCAUUUCUUACAGGUCUGCAAACAAUUAAGUGUGCUCGCAAAGAACAAAACUGCCAACUUUGAAGAAAAUCUAUCUGUUUUAAGAGAAGCGAUGGGUGUAAUGCAGCAUCAUGACGCAGUGACAGGCACUGAAAAGCAGCAUGUUGCCGCUGACUAUGCUCGUCUGCUACAAAUUGGAAUUGAUAAAUGCAGUGAGAACAUCAAAGAGUCGCUCAAUCAAUUGACAAUUGAUGACGAUAAUUCGGGAACGUCUCAAGACCAAAAGCUUAAAUUCGAUUUCAAAACAUGUCCGGAUUUGAAUAUCAGUUCAUGUGAUGUUUCUGAAAAUAGUGAAAAAUUCAUGGUGACACUCUACAAUCCAUUGGCUCAUUCAACACAUCAAUAUGUUCGAAUUCCUAUAUCUCUCGAUAGCGAAUAUGGGGUGUUUGAUCAUAAAAAUGAAGCCGUGAGCUCACAAAUCGUUUCAAUUCCCAACGAAGCUCGAAUAAUACCCUUUCGAAAAAGUCAGGCAGAGUCAGAGCUCGUUUUUCUGGCCACCGACAUACCACCACUCGGAUAUAAGUCGUAUUUUAUUCAGAGAAAAUCCAUUGAGAAAGAAGCCAAGAAUAGAAAAAUUGACAACAAAAUUGAUGGAUUCGGUGCAUCUACUCGUUUGCAAAACGUUUUAGCUCCCUUCUCAAUCGGAAAUCAAAAUCUCAAAUUGAAUUUUGAUGACGAUGGAAUUUUGGAAUCAGCUGAAAGCGAUGGCGUUCAGAUGGAAGUUCAACAAAACUUCCACUUUUAUAAGGCAUUCGUCGGUUUGAAUUUCCGACCUGACCAACGAUCAUCUGGAGCUUAUAUUUUCCGACCGAAUCAGACUUGGGCUACGUCAAUUGUUUCCCAAGCGCGUGUACGAGUAUUUAGAGGCGAUUUAGUAGAUGAAGUUCAUCAGACCUUUAACGAAUGGUUAAGCCAGGUGAUAAGAAUUUAUAAGAAUGAAACAUACGCCGAGUUCCAGUGGGUUGUUGGGCCAAUUCCAAUUGGUUUCGAAAUUAUCACAAGAUUUGAUACAGAUAUUGAAUCGAAUGGAGUUUUCUACACCGAUUCGAAUGGACGGGAAAUGAUAAAAAGACGACGCAAUCACCGUGAUACAUGGAAUUUGACGUCGUCGGAGCCAACCGCUAGCAAUUACUACCCAAUACCAUCGAAAAUUGUUAUUGAAGACAACACCCGUCGAUUUGCCAUUCUAACCGAUCGCUCACAGGGUGGAAGCAGUUUGGAAGAUGGAUCCAUUGAAUUGAUGGUUCAUCGUCGACUACUACGUGAUGAUUCGUUCGGAGUUAGUGAAGCUUUGAACGAGAUGGCGAAUGGAAAAGGAUUAGUUGCACGAGGUACAAGCUACUUUGUGUUCAGUCCAAAGAAAAAACCAUCUACUCAAGCUAACGAACGGUUUCUUCAGCAACAAGUUCUCCUGCCAAAUUGGUUGUUCUUUAGUAAUGUCAGCCAUCUCAGUUACGAUGUGUGGAGGAAUUCAUAUAAAAAUAUCUUCUCAGGCCUGUCGCUUUCACUCCCCAAAAAUAUUCACUUGCUCACAUUCGAGCCAUGGAAAUCUGACUCGAUUUUGAUUCGUUUUGAGCAUAUUCUAGAGAAGGAUGAAGACAAAGAAUAUUCGGAGGCAGUGACAUUCAACUUCCAAGAUGUGUUCCGGUCGUUUGAUGUGAUAUCGAUUCGUGAAACUACACUCGCAGGUAAUCAAUGGUUGGAAAAGGCAGAACGACUUCAAUUCAUAGCAGAAACAGACAACCAGAGUACCAAUGCUGUGAUAGAUGAUUCAGAUAAAGACUCAGAUGGCACACCAAGUGAAAACUUUCAAAUCACAAUAAACCCAAUGGAAAUUCGAACGUUCGUCGUCGAAAUGAAACGGAAAGCUAUGGACAAUAAUAAACUGAAACAAGUCAAAUCUACACCAUCAACAGCGUAGUAAACAAAACCCUAAUUAUUUUUCCUUAUUUAUUUGUCAACUUAAAAUUUUUAUUUACAAGGCAAAAAAAGACAGAAUUUGUUUUUCUUAACAAUUGGUUUCCUUAAAUUUAAAAUGUUUACGGAUCUGCUUAUUGCUCCUAAAAGACAAUUUAGGUAAUAAAAAAAGAAACAAUUCAAUACGAAUUGAUUUGUGUGUGUGUGUGUUUUUUUUUCUCUCUAUAUUUUAUUUUCAAAUGCCGAUCAUUCGGCAUUUACACAAUAUUCAAGACAUACCCAUGACAUUCAUGAAAUAUAUAUAAUUAAUUAUCGAUUUUUAUUCCAUCGGGUGUUCACUAAAUUUAUUUUAAAUUGUUUAAAAACUACAUAACUUAUGUCGUAGAAAUGUUCUUAUAGAUCCAAUAUUUUGGGUCGUUUGCGGCAUCGUUUCGAUUUGCGUGUGUGGCUGUCGUCGGUGUCUUCGACCGUUGACUCUGGAUCGGUGGUGAGUUCGUUUGUGAAAUCCGUUUCAGUGUCUUCCGAUCGGAAGCUCCUUCGUUCGGUAAUUGGCAACGUGGCGUUUGGUUCAUUGGACGCAUUAUGAAUGGUAUGUUGCGUUGAACUGAGCGCCGUGUGAAUGUUUGCGAAUUGUGUUUGCAUUUCAUUGGUUGUGUCCAAUUCCAUUGGAUGGAUCUCAUUUGUCAGAUCAACCAAUUCGAUGGUUCCUUCACUAUUGACCUUAUUACCAAUAUCCACAAUGGAAACGUACGGGUUUGUUGUCGAUGCAAUUGAGAUGUGUUGCUCUUUUUUACUUUUCCUAACGGACUUCUUGCGCGGCGCUGAGUCUUUGGUGCCUUUUUUUCUGCCACGUUUUUUUGAUGUAUCAAAUAUAUCGAUAGCCGAAUACCGCUGGACCGUGUGUGUUUUUCGUGGGCUAGUUGUUCGAUUUGUUGUUUUCGGUCGCUUUGUAGCGCUGAACGAAAUGCGACGCGUAUGAAAUGACAUGCGUCGCGCACUGAAUGAAAUGCGUCGUAAUGCGGAUGAAAGGGAAGUGAAUGAGGAUAGGGUGAUGUUUGGUUUGAUGUAAGUCUUUCGGGCGAGUAUUGUCGAUGGUGUACUUUGUUGGCUGCUCAUUUCAUUCGUACUGUCAACCAUUUGACCAUUCGAUCGAUUCAUGAAUGUCUGCAGCAUGCUGCUAUCAUUCAAAUUACUAUCACUAUUGAUACUCCUGCUAUUAUUGAUGGACUUAUUGUAAUUGCGACGCUUCAGAAUCGUUGCAAUCUUCUGCGAAUCGAUCAUGGGAAUGCCGAAAAUUUGUGAAAUUCGUCGUGCUUGCAUGGCUCUCAAUGCUGGUGUUUGUGUAUUGAAAAUGGCAUCGAUGGUCAUUUUGAUUGUGUUGCGUCGUCGUGAUCGUUUUGGUUUUGCUGCUGGCACUUUUUCACGUGAUUUCUCAACCGGUUCCGGUUCGGGUGGUUUUUGUUUUGGUUUACGUUCGCGUAGCACUCUCUUUUCAAAGACCACCUCCUCUUCAUUGGGAUCCUUUGGUGGUUUCGGCUGCCUUGGUUUUCUCGGUUGUCGCGGUGCUUUUGGCGGCUUUGGCACGAUUGGAGUGGUUCCUGGUUCUGGCAACGGAUACUUUCGCGGCCGACCACGUUUCCUUUUCACAACCACCUCAGUCGAUCCUAUUUCACUUGCGUUCACACAAGCAAGCGAUUGUACGUGUUCAGUCACAUUUGGUGUAUCGAUCGACGUCGAUGCAAUCGGAGUCGAAGCGGUCGGUGUCGAUGAUGAAUACAUUGGACUACGAAUUCUCGGUGAACCACCCGAUCGAACUGGUGGCAAUUCCGUUGUAUUGAAAAUAUCACGCAAAAAUAGCUCAUCGUCAUUUCUUUCGGUUAGCAAAUAUCGAUCCUUUUUACUGCUGUUAUUCUCUUCGAUCGUUGUAACCGGUGACGGACACCCUGACAAACUGUAUCGUGAUGUUUGUGUGGAUAUAGUUUUCGUUUCCACCAAUCGCCGCGGUCGCCUUGUGUAUGUUUUGAGGUGGAAAUUCGGAUCGAUGCCAUUGGCAAGGAACGUGAGAGGACUAUCAUUUGAUAAGCGUGGCGAUUUAACCUCCUCCGGUUUCGGUGAUUCCGCAGUCGGGCCAUUGCUCCACAGAUCAUUGAAAAUUAAAGCAGCAUCGCGAUCCUUGAACAAUACAUCUUGUUCGGAUUUCGAUAGC